CAGUCCUUGUAGAAGGUACACCAGAAAUAGCUUAAAGUUUGCAUCUUUCGAAGACAAUAUUAUAAAAAAUGAAAUUGACAAUCGUUAAGUUUGUCUUCAUAAUCAUUACUUUUGUUUGCUGGUUUACAUCAUCAAGAGCAAAUGUUAACUUUGCCACAGAAAAUUAUAUAGAUGAUCGAUCAUUUCAAUCUCUAUGUAAUGAUGAUGCGUCUCUAAACUUCUCGAAUGCAGUGGUCUCUGAAAUCAAUGAGAAUUUCAUCAGCAGCUCUGUGAUUACUUGCCUUAAUUUUAUGGACAAUAGUAUUGGAAAAAUUGGGAAAGGUGCCUUCAAAAAAUUACCAAAUUUAACUCAAUUGUUUCUUUCGAAUAAUAGAUUGAACAACGGAAAUCGACUAAUUCUUAACUUUGGAAGUCACGAUAAGUUACAAGUGCUUAUUGUGAAUAAUGUAAGCGGAUACAACUAUUAUAGUUCAUCUAUACAGAUUUUCGGUGAAUACCCUAACUUAGAAAUUUUGUCUCUACGUGAAAAUUAUGCCGUCGAUUUAGAGUUUGCACAAGAAACUUCAUUUAGGGAAUACCAUUUUGCUUAUACGACGCCGAUAACUUCACAAGCUUCACAAGGCUGGAUGCCACUCCCCAAGUUAAAGAUCUUGGAUCUCUCGGAGAACAGGAUAACAAGUACCAAUUUUGUACGACUACUGCCGAAUAGCUUAUAUUUUCUUGAUCUUCAUAGCAAUUCGCUUAGUAACUUGAACUUAAAGGAAAAAGGAAACAAAUUGUUCGCACUGAAUUUGGAUAAAAAUAAGUUUAACAAUAUUCGACAGUACAAUAAUGGGUAUGGUGGUUUAUCGAUGGCUGAUCUGAAGAAUCUACAUUAUCUUUCUAUUUCUGGAAACGAGAUUAAUACUAUCGAAUCAGAUGCUUUCCAAAACAAUAACGAAUUGCUUUUUUUAAACUUAUCCUCAAAUCGCAUACGUCAUCUACAUCCGAAAACAUUUGCAAAUUUGCAGUAUUUAAAAACAAUCGAUUUAAGCAUCAACCAACUCGAUGUUCUGCAAAUCUCAAUAAAUGAAACAGAACUUAGUACUUUAUACAUUAAUAACAAUAACAUAAAAAAUAUAACUUCGCAUACUUUUAUGCAUAUGCCGAAAUUGAUGAAAUUGUUAAUGAGAAAGAAUCAUAUUGAUAAAAUAGAUGUUAAUACGUUCGUUCAUCUUACUUUCCUAGAAGAAUUAGAUUUGUCGAAGAAUAUGUUAAGUUCUUUACCGGAAGGAUGGACAGAAUCCCUUGUAUCUUUAAAAUAUUUGGAUUUAAGCGAUAAUAAAUUCACGUCGUUAGAGUCUUUGUCACUGACGAAUACGUUGCCGUUGAUAACAGUAUAUUUAAAGAAAAAUUCACUAGAAUAUCUUAAUGUUAAAUAUUUUGAGAAUUUACCACAAAAUCUCACUAUUGACUUGAUAAAUUAAUUCAAAUUUUACAAAAUAUAUAUGAGAUAAGAGUACCUCGAGUACCCCGAAAGAAGAUAAAGGUGUUUACACAUUUCACAUGUCCCAAAUGUCCAUUCAAAUUUAUGUGUUAAUUUAACAUAAGAUGAAUAUGUUAGAAGGUAAUGCAAAUAUUAUUUAAGAAAAUAAACAAAAUAAAAAAGAUAAUACUGAUUCAGUUUGAAAACACACUGU